AGUCACUGUUCCUCUGUUUCACCGGAAGAUACGUCACACUAGUUUCCUUAGUUACACUUCCUGGAUACGGUUUCUACAACAACCUCCUCUCCUGUUCCUGUAACUAGCGUACCAAGAAACGCUAGCUUUUACCGGUGUUUUGUGGUAAUUUUUGAAGAAUGGCUUUUGUUUCGCAUAGCCAAAGAGACCCAAACGGAAUGUACACCUUCUCUAGCCGUCCCAGGGCUGUGGAGAACCGCUCCAAGUACCGAGAACCUCCACAAGAACAGAGUCACAUUAAUUAUGGAAACAUUAUGUAUGAUCGACGAGUGGUCAGAGGAAACACAUACGCCCAACGCAUCAUUCCAACUACGACUCAACCAGACCCAGCUGAAAUACAAAGACAGCAGGAGCUCAGGAGGAGAGCCAUCGCUCGCAAACAAGCCAGAGAACAGUUCAAACCAAAGACUCCAGAGGCCCUCCAGGGCAGAAAACACAUUGAUGUACAAACAGAGCUCUACCUGGAAGAACUGAGUACUGUUAUUGUGGCCACUGAUACUGAGUGUCAAACGGAUGCUUUUCUGGACAGACCAGCAACUCCUCUGUUCAUUCCUGCUAAAACAGGCAAAGAUGUAGCAACACAGAUAGAAGAGGGAGAGUUGUUCGACUUCGACAGAGAGGUGCAGCCGGUUCUGGAGGUCCUGGUGGGGAAGACGAUGGAGCAGGCUCUGCUGGAGGUGAUGGAGGAGGAGGAGCUGGCCUGUCUGAGGGCCCAGCAGAGGGCCUUCGAGGAGCUCCGAAGCGCCGAGAUGGCCGAGGUGCAACGGCUUCAAGAGCAGGAGAGACGCCACAGAGAGGAGAAAGAGCGCAGAAUUGCACAGCAGAAAGAAGCCCUCAAGAGAGAAAAAGAGAUCACAGAGAAGAUCGCGGCUCGAGCGUACACGCAGCAGUACUUCGCGGACCUGCUACCUUCAGUUUUUACUUCACUGAGGAGCCACGGAUAUUUCUAUGACCCUGUGGAAAAAGACAUUGAGACAAAUUUCUUCCCAUGGCUGAUGGAUGAAGUUCACAACAGUUUGGAGAAGAGAUACACUGCAAGAGAACUGCUGGACACUAUCAUCGAUGACGUCACCCAGAAAAGACUAGAGAGCUUCAAAGAUCCUGAACCACAGCCACAAGAAACAGACAAGUAGAAAGAAUUCAUCACAGGUCAACGACUUUAAUGUAUGUUCACAAAUAAACUUUGGUUCAUUUAUUA